AUUCGCGGGGUGGUAUAGCACGCGGAAGAAUGGGCGUUUCACCGUUGUACCAUCGUCAAUAAAAUCGCAAAGGAUCGAGAGACGAUUUUCGCAAGGAAAGGUCGAGAAAAGACAGCGCGUCGAAUGCGUUUCGCGCGACGUGUUAAAAUCUCCCACCGCGACCGGGCGGAUCCUUUAUCCCGAGGAAUCAUCAUCCCUCGCCCUCGCCACCGGCCGCCGCUGUUUAUCAUCGUCAUUCGCACGUAACUUCUCGGGAGACGCGCAACACAUGAAGCUUAUCGCACGUUGUUAUUAGUGGCGGACGACAGUCGAGUUGAGUCGGCGGCUCUUACUCGCUCGUGCUCGUGUCUCUGGAGGCCGUGCGAGAGCGAGCAGUGUGUAUCGUCAGCUGAAUCUACAUCGCUUACAUCGCCCAGAACUCGCUUCCUCCUCGCGACAGGACCGUCGACGAAUUCUUUCUACGGACAUGCCCACGCUAAUGCAAUCGGCGGACAUUUCACUGAGCGACGAGAGCGACGAAACGGACGUCGAAUUUGAUCGAGAACCAUUAUCGAUGCAUCAUCAGGAUCCGUUGCACCAUCAGGAUGCGACGACACAGAACCGGGAGCGUAGUAAGCUGCUACUGCGGAAACUGAGCCAGACCCGCGAGCGGGAGCGUGGUAAGGAACGCGACCAAGAGCGCGAGAGAUUGCAUCAGUUGCAAUCGAUCAACAAUUUAUUGAUCGAUCUACCAACGCCGCCAUCGCCUACGCAUCUUCCGAAUUACUCGCAGGAUGCUUCUUCCUCUUUCCAAUCCGACAAGAAUGUCAGCAUUGACGGCGGCAGCGCAAUCUCGGAUAUGUUCGGACUUGGUUUGCCCCGAGGAUCGCUAAUGGGAAAUCAACUGACGGUUGGUUCUCCGAGUUAUCGUAAUUAUCAAUUUGGCAAUUACGAUCAAACCCAGGGAUCUUCACAACAACAACACGAGUGCCAUCGCAAUCAUGGCAUUUGCUCGAAUUCCUCUGGCAUGGAUAUUCCGAGCUCGCCGAAUUCGGUGGCCACUCCCGGCAGCCCGAGCACACCCGGCAGCUUCACAUCGGAUCUUUACAGCUAUUCGUCCACUGCCAGUAAUAGUACAAACACGCCGUCUUCACCAACUAGCCGACCAUCAUUUCAAUAUCCCGGCUCUUCGUCAUCGCCCAUUGAUUCGUCAUGCUAUGGCCGUCCUAUACGAGGUUGCUCUACUCCGUACAGUGAUUGCGGCAGCCCAACAUUAGAAUUCUCUCAUUUUCUGGGAUGUAACGGCUCGCGUUCCAACUCACCGGCAGAUUCAGAGACAAGCGGUAUCGGUAGCGCGGAUGGUUCUUUAUCCGACAUAAUAAUGAAUUGUUUAUCAUUGAAUUCCUCGUCGAAUUCUUGCUUCCCAGCCUUGGACUCCAUAAUGUCGAAGACGAACACGUGCCCCAAUAAUAGAACGGCAUUCGAGCGUAUGGCUGUAAAAAAAUAUUUGUCAUCGUUACAACAGAAUCCAACGAGCUCGCAUUAUUACCAGCAUCAUCAUGGAAUGGGGCAAAAUCGUAGCAAUUUUCUCAAUUCUCUCUUAAAUCACGAAAAAAAUUGUUGUACCGGUCUUGGAAGCGCCGCGCGUAGAUUGGUUCAACCAGUGUCGCUUGAUCGAGUAGCGAGAUCCCAUCGAAGUGCUGCUGCACAUUGUUAUCCCACGUGCACUUGGAGCGGCUUUUUGCCACAAAGUACUGAGGAACCAGUCGCUUAUUCGCCUAAAGUAUUUCUGGGAGGUGUACCAUGGGAUGUUACGGAAGCCAUUCUAAUUUCGACAUUCAAACAAUUCGGACCGGUUCGCGUUGAGUGGCCGACGAAGGCACCGUCCGCUCAACCGAAAGGAUACGCGUAUAUUAUAUUCGAAUCAGAGAAACAGGUCAGAGCAAUGUUGUCCUGCUGCACCCACGAUAUUACCAAUGGAAAAAGAUGGUAUUAUAAAAUUAUAUCCAAGCGUUCAAAGCCAAAAGAUGUACAAGUGAUUCCAUGGAUCCUCGAGAAUAGCAACUAUGUCAAAUCUUCGUCGCAAAGACUCGAUGCGCAUAAAACGGUGUUCGUUGGUGCGCUGCACGGAAUGCUAACGGCCGCAGGAUUAGCAAAAGUCAUGGAUGAUCUUUUUCAUGGGGUCAUUUAUGCGGGUAUCGAUACGGACAAGCAUAAAUAUCCGAUAGGCUCCGGUCGUGUUACAUUCAGUACGAAACAAUCGUACUUUAAAGCGAUCACAGCUUCAUUCAUAGAAAUUAAGACUGACAAAUUUACGAAAAAGGUACAAGUGGACCCGUACAUCGAAGAAUCGAUAUGCUCCGGAUGCGUUGUACAACAGGGACAUUACUUCUGUCGCGAUGUGGCAUGUUUCCGGUACUUUUGCCGCAGCUGCUGGCAGUGGCAACAUUCUGUGGACUCGAUGUCACAUCAUACACCCUUGACGAGGAACUCAAAGACUAAUCAAGUGAUAGGGUUGAAUCCAAAUUUCGGAAUGAACAACUAACGUACGCCCUCGUAUAUCAAAUACGACGAUGAUUUGAAGGAAACGACAAAAUCUUGUACACACGCGGACACAGUUCAGUACAUUUGCUUUAUGUUCGCUUUGCGUUCGUCGUCUUCCUCUCCUUUUUGUUCCUUUUUGACUUUUUCGGUUAACCGACGUUGCGCCGCCUGAUCUAGAACAUUGGGGUAACAGGGUGCAGACUUAGUUUUUAUCGCGGAGCCACGGACAGCUAGGACUAGUCCAAUGAUACGGGGACAUGCGCCGAUUCACACCGCUGAUUGAGCUUGCGGACGCGCAACGAUUGGUUUAUUAUCGUUACCGUGCGUGCGAAAGGACAAGAUAAAUAUUGAAAAAUCGUGUUUGUAAAAAAAAGUUCCUAUUGUGAACGCAGUUUUUACUACGUUCGAGCGCCAACGAUGUACUUUUAUUUAGUAUGUUCACUUAGAGAGACAGGUUCUCUUAUCGAUUUUUUUACCGCGAAAUAAUACUAUCAUGCCGAGUACAGUAGGUGCUAGAUUAUAGCCAUAUGCAUUAGAAAAACGUAUAUAUACACGUACAUACGUGUAUACACAUACACAUAGCGUAUACACAUUUUUUGUUAAAGUGUGAGAGUCGAAUUCUGGCUUUCGCAGUGACAAUAAUUUUUUACGCGAGACGAUAGAGCUCCUUUAUGGUAAUUUGAGCUGUGCUCAAUAAAAACACGUAGAAUUCUCAGGAAAUCUAUAAUAGUAUCGUCAUCAUGCGUUUAUCAUAUUAAAGUAUUACGCUUAAUUUAAUACGAACUGUUACGAUAAUGCUAGAAGGAUUAUUCUAAAGUGGCGAAACUAAUUAUCCAGUAAUUAUUUGUCAUUAUUACAUUGCGCGCGUGAUAUAUAUUCGAUAUUAAUAUGAUGUAACGGGAGACUUUUCAAAUGUAUAUUAUAUAACUCGCUGAUCAUUUUUCCAUUACAAUACUUGUCAAUGACGUUAAACAUUGUUAAUUUUACGUUAGAUUACAAUGUAUCUCUAUAUUCGAUUGCGGCAGUAAACGUGUAUUGCGAUUACUGACACGUAAUCGACUGAAUUUUUGUAGUAUUAGCCGGAGCGAGCGGCUGUCACAGAUAUUUCGCUCAUAUGGACUGUUUAACGGUUGACGAAAUGGAGAAGUACAUGGUCUACGAUUCUGGCGCGGAUUGUAGGGAAUUGAUUUGUUUUUAUUUUUUUUUAUUUUUUUUUCUUACUAUGUAUAAUUAUGUUGCAGCUCUCUUCUUUGAAUACAGUUCAUCCUUUAUUCGCGUUUCUCCCGUUUUGAUACAAUUUUGUUGAAUUAAAAGCCAUAUUUUUGCAGAUA